AUGCAACAAGAAGAAGUCAAAGAGAAUUGGGACAUCGCUACGACUUACAAUACUUGCGAUUAUGGAGCUAAACUGUAAGUUAAAUAAGAAAAUCGGUUACAGUAGCACAUUUAAGUUUUUCAGGUCUUCGUCGUUAGGUCAAUGUGGGAAAAUUGUUGCUGUUGUUCCUCAAACGAUUCGUUUGUUCAACUCUGUAUGCAUAGUGAGUCAUAUUCAUAAGCUCAGACGGUGCUCUUUUCUUUUUUCAGGCUGUCAACCGUUACUGCAGAGUCGAAUGUGGAUUGUUCCGUGACGGAACGCCGAAACAUGAAUUAGAACACAGAUUCGAACGAUUACCGAGCACCGACACGCGAGCGCAUGACUGGACAAAAGUAAGAUGGAUGCUCGACAAGAUGCACUUGCAGCAAGUGUACGAGUUUGGAAUAGAAGAUCCAGUAAGUUUCAUCUCCAAUUAAAAGAAAAACAGAAAUAUUCGCUCAGUUCGACGUGAGCGGUGAGUUCGCCGUGAUUUCGGUGCUAGUGGCAGUGUGGAAAGCAUUGACAGUGUUCCGAAAAGACCUGGGUAUGUACUCAUAAACUCGAUAAUACAUGAGGCACAUAUUUUCAGACAGAAAAGAUCUGAUUUCACGACUCGUGCAUCAAGUUCUGCUUAGUCGGCACGGCGGACUUGGUCCCGUGGUUUCUGCUAUGAUUGAUGGAAGCCAGGCCUUCUUCCAUCCAGCUCGAACCCCCGAUAUACCUAUGGACAGUUGGUGAGUCUUAAAACUAUUCUGGUUUUGUUUAAAACUGGUGAUUUCAGGCUUAUUCCGUCAACGUUUUUCAAUGAAAACUACGAGUUAGUCUUCUUCCGAACGAGCUUUCACAGGAACGAAUCCAAGACGACGCCGGAUAUGGAAUUCUGCGAGAAUGUUCGACUGAUUUUCAGCUACAACGAAUUGGACUCCGGACAAAACACGUUUUCCGAGAGCUUGGAAAGAAAUCCAAUCGGCACUCACAUGAAGUGUUACUCGAAGGCCCGAGUGCGUGGACAAGCUAGUGAAGCGGAGAAACGGUCGCUUUCUGCUUUCAAAGCUGUCGAGCAAGAGCAUCCGGAUCUUCUUCUCGGCUAUGAAGUUCUCGAAGGAGGGAAUCUGCUCUUGCUGCAGAAAGGACAGUUCUCCCGGGACGAGAACGUCCUUCAGAAGAUUCUUGUGAGUCUUUUUGAACAUUUCUAACAGUCUACCACCAGCCCUCAAUAAAAACAUCAAACAAAAUUUAUGCAAUUUUCAUUUCAGACUGCAUUCGUUGUGAAGUUCAACCGGCCAAUGAACCUAACAUUCGAGCUGUUGGACUCCACAAAGGGAGCAAUGAUUCUCACAAGAACGGACGCAUCGGAAAUUGCCAGUGCAAGAAGUGUCGAAGUGUGCAUCACGGAAUCCCAACAACCGUCCGUCGAGUUGCUCCAAGAAAUGACUUUCGAGAGGGAAAGCACCGCGGAGAGCAGCGGAACGGCUAGCAGCAGAAUGGUUCAUGAAGACACCCAUGACGAUGACUCGGAUGUACACAUGUACUAA